AGAGGGAUAAUAUGGACUGGAUAUUCCAGACUGUAGGCGAUUGGAUCAGUGUGGUCCUUUGGAUAACACUUGGAGAGGCGACUGUUUUCAGCGGCGCGCACAUCGAUUUGCCCAAGACGUUUGGCAAGAGUCGCUGUCAGCAGACUUUCAGCUUGUAAAUUCUGACUAAAAACAAGGAAGCGACGCGGAUUAAGGCUUGUUUUAUUGGCACAGGGCGACAAAAUAAAUAGAUUUUUGCUACCUUGACGCGUGUUUUUUUUUGCUUACACAGAAGAUUAAAACCUGGAUAAUCUUCACUCCAGACUGCAACAAACGGACGCAUAGAAGUUCCCUCUGGAAUAUUUGUGCAGAUAUUUAAUGUUCCGUGCGAUAAUUACAUUGAAUGUUUGGAAAAGAAAUCUAACAUUUCAGUGACAUUGACAGCGCCCUGUUCUGAAUGUUUAUAGCUGCCCUUAAACGGCAAUCGCCCAUCUUGCUUGUUGCUAAUCUUUCUAUUAGCCUCUACAUACAUAUAACGUUCAGACUGACACAUGUUUGAAAGCAGCUUCGCGUAGAUAAUAAAGAAAGCAAACGUGGAAGGCUAUUUAUGUAUGCAUGACAUAUACAUUUUUAUUUGAGCUCUGACCGACGGGUACCCAUAAGCGAUUCUUCAUCAGACAGCCGUCCAUCUCUGUUCAAUAUUUGCUCGUCGUAGCGAGCAUUGAACAUCUCAAUUAGCAGCAUGACAGAUGGACCGAGACAAAGAGGCAGCGCCGCGUCGAGCAGCAGCGGGGAUGGAGCGAAGGACGCAGGGACGGCUGCAGGAGAGUCGUCGGUGGCUUUGAAGAAGGAGAUUGGUCUCGUCAGUGCUUGUGGUAUUAUUGUUGGUAACAUCAUUGGAUCUGGAAUCUUUGUCAGUCCAAAGGGAGUGUUGGAAAAUGCCAGUUCAGUGGGCCUGGCUCUCAUCGUAUGGAUCGUUACAGGUGUCAUCACAGCAAUUGGUGCGCUCUGCUACGCCGAGCUGGGUGUCACUAUUCCCAAAUCCGGAGGUGACUAUUCUUAUGUCAAGGACAUCUUCGGAGGGCUGGCGGGGUUUCUGCGGUUGUGGAUUGCUGUCUUGGUGAUCUACCCAACAAAUCAGGCUGUCAUCGCUCUCACCUUCUCCAACUAUGUUCUGCAGCCCCUGUUUCCCACCUGCUUCCCCCCUGAGAUUGGGCUGAGGGUACUUGCUGCCAUCUGCCUUUUACUCCUGACAUGGGUGAACUGCUCUAGCGUGCGCUGGGCAACACGAGUACAGGAUAUCUUCACCGCGGGGAAACUCCUGGCCCUCAUUCUCAUCAUCAUCAUGGGCAUCGUGCAAAUCUGCAAGGGCGAGUAUUACUGGUUGGAACCGGCCAAUGCUUUCGAGCCAUUUCAAGACUAUGAUGUUGGUCUGAUCGCUUUGGCAUUUCUACAGGGCUCAUUUGCCUACGGCGGCUGGAACUUUCUCAAUUAUGUCACGGAGGAACUGGUUGACCCAUAUGUAAACCUCCCCCGUGCUAUCUUUAUCUCCAUACCCCUUGUGACUUUCGUGUAUGUUUUUGCUAACAUUGCUUACGUCACUGCCAUGAGUCCUCAGGAGCUGCUGGCUUCUAAUGCUGUUGCUGUGACGUUUGGUGAGAAGCUGUUGGGAGUGAUGUCAUGGAUCAUGCCCAUCUCUGUGGCCUUGUCCACAUUUGGGGGGGUCAACGGCUCCCUUUUCACAUCCUCUCGGCUGUUCUUCGCGGGUGCACGUGAAGGCCAUCUGCCAAGCCUACUGGCUAUGAUUCAUGUGAAGCGCUGCACCCCAAUUCCGGCUCUGCUCUUUACGUGUAUAUCCACGCUUUUGAUGCUGUGCACUAGUGACAUGUACACACUCAUCAACUAUGUGGGCUUCAUCAACUACCUUUUCUACGGUGUCACUGUCGCUGGGCAGAUUGUGCUGCGGAUUAAACAACCAGACAUUCACCGACCGAUUAAAAUCAGUCUGGUGUGGCCUGUCAUCUACCUACUGUUCUGGGCGUUCCUGCUGAUUUUCUCUCUGUACUCUGAGCCGGUGGUGUGUGGCAUUGGCUUGGCCAUCAUGCUUACUGGUGUCCCUGUUUAUUUCUUGGGCGUGUACUGGGAGAACAAGCCUCAGUGUUUUGAUACAUUUGUUGAUAAGUUUACAUACCUGGGACAGAAGUUCUGCUUAGUGGUUUACCCAGCAGAAACCCCAAAAAAUGAUGAGUGUGAAGAAAUUGAGCUAAAGGAACAAUCAGCUCCACUGUCAGAAGAGAACAGAGACACCCAGAAGUCAGCUGACUGCUGAACAGAUACAUACUCUCAUUCACUCCCAUACCGGCUGCCGUUCUUAUUGACACUGGAAAUCAAACUCAGAUUGUUCACAUACCUCUAAGUUUGUUUUAGGCCUUUCGUGCUUUGCCUGGUUAUAAAGAGGGGGUUGCACUGGAGUGCAGUGGUUAAGCUCAGGAGAGAGACUAAAGGCUGCUGACUAACUGCUGUAGCAGUCUUAGUUACACGUUCUGUGUUCUCUCUAGUUGCCAGUAUCUGAGCAAUCACUUCUGUUGGCUGUGCAAAAUAAUUAAAACAUUACAAUGCUUGAUAAAGCUCUGAAGCUAAAGAAUGUCUAUAAACACUGUCUUGCAAAGGUUUGAAGUGAAAAACAAUUUCUAAAACAUUAUUUUUUAAGAGUUACAGGGUUGAUAAUCUAGGAAUUAGAAUUCCAUUCUGCAGAUCUACGGUUUAACAUAAAAAUGCGGAACUACAACAAGUCUUCACCUGAAAUGGCAGCGGUUUAUUUAUUUAUUUAUUAUUAAGUACAUUCUAAUGUUCUAAUUAUUACCCCCCUCAUCCCCCUCUUUAUAACUCCUUUUAUUUCAGAACUCUAAUUUUACACUUUAAAUAUGAAAGAAUUUUUAUAUGCCAAAACUUUAUUUUAAUUUGACAACCAUGUCAUUUAAAAAAAAAAGCAUUUGAAACGUUUUUUCGUUGCAAUGUAAUUUUGAUAUGUGUGGUCUUAAUAUGACCAUGUCUUAUAAUUUUUCUCUGUCACAGUAAAACACUGUUUUACAUCUUUUUUCAUCAGUGAUAGCUCUGGGAUGUCUUUUUGAUCAAAUAUUCCAGUCGUCGUGGUUCAGGGUAGAUUUCAGCCAGGUUACUCUGGUUCUUAUACAAUUCAAAGUAUUUUAUUUGCCUUAAUACUUUUGCGUAAACCGGUAUGAAGUUAUUGUUAAUGUUAUUGUCACUGUCAAAAAAUAUUUUUGAAGAUAAAGUGUUUAACAAAAACGUAAUGAGGCCGUUGUGAAGUGUGUUGUAAUAGUAAAUUCAUAUUGUGGACAUCACUGCAACCACAUCCAUAACCCCUGAAUUAACUUUAUGCAAUUUAAUUAUUUCAGUUAUUCUCAUUUUAUAUCUAAAUGUAGAUUCACUGUUGCAGAAAAGUCAGGAAAUAUGUUGAAAAUAGAAAAAAAUGGAAAUAUAUAAUGUAUCUUUAAUACUAAUGUAAUGCUGGGUUAAUCAGAUAGAUGUUAAUAUAGAUGCAAAACAGGGGACCUUUAAAAAAGGCAAUCCAUUAUUUUUAUCACAUGUAUGAUUAUUUUAAAACACACUUAACAAUAAACAAAAAUUAACAUGUUCAUUUUAUUAAAAUUUGACAAAAUAAUAUUUGCCCAGUUCAAGAAUUCAUGACUUAAGUGUUUUUAUAUUGGUAUUAAAAUGCUGUUUCGUGUUCAGUCACGUAAGGCUUUUAAGUAAAACUUUGGAAAGUGCAAACUGUUUCUUUCCCAAAUCUGUAAUGUGUAAGUGCUGUAAAAAUGCUGUAGAAUGUUAAGCCCAGUGCAGUGUAAUUCAUUUUGCAUGAGCUUGUUCCCCCAACAUUUCAGAAAUACUAUUUCAAAUGAAGUCUCUAUCCCUCCCUCAGACAUAAAUUUUAUUUUAGUUCCUGUCCUCUAUUCAGAUCAUGAGAAGAGUUGUUGUACAAGGUGCCGAGCAUCUUUGGUGCUGCUAAUGCUGCUCUUGAGCUGUGCCUCAGUAUCCAGCACUGCCUGCUGUACCCUAACCACAAUGUUUUAUGUAGUAGACAUUGCUGAAAGUGCUGCAAUUAAAGGCUCUAAGCCAGUAAGAACUGUGUGUGAAAACAUAUACACAGUUCUGACAGGCUUAGACUAUCAGCCCACAAACACUAUUGAACAGUGGAUUACUGAAGGCUAUCCAGUCUUGCACAUGAUUUAUUAGUAACAAAAGAUUGAUGCUAAUAUUAUAUUGAAUGUCCUUGUCACGAAGAUAUAAAUCAAUAAGCAAAUAACUUUGAUACAUAUUCAUAUUGCGAUAUGUGCAGUCUGAAAUUAUAAAGAUUUAAAGCUCAAAAAUACCACUGACACCUAACUCGGGGUGAACUGUUUUUACCCGUUUUUAUUUUUCUUAUCAGUUUUGUAUUUCUUUCAACUGUAUUGAUUAAAUAACAAAUAAAUCUAUAAGCUGAACCAAAGAAAA